AGUACAAUGAGGUUUUCUAUGUUGAUCAGUCUGUUAAGGCCGAUCGGCCCGGUUAUUAUCGGGAUCUCUCUGGGAUUUACUCUGAGUUUGCUGAGUGUGAGCUGGGUCGAGGAAAGCUGUGAUAAUGCCAUAGGAGAUGAAGGAAUCGUUUUAUCCCAGGAUGGAAGUCUGAAAGGAGCUCGGAGACCAAACUCUAUUUCCCCUGGGAGUGAUGGUGAGGAGGAGGAGGAGGAGGAUUUCCAGCCGAGAAUAAUCCCAUAUAAACCAGUGAAACAGACUCAGUCCAAGAAACUUUUCAGGGCGAAAUACAUCAGCACAGAGCUGGGAAUUCGAGAGCGUCUUUUCGUGGGAGUACUCACAUCCAAAAACACCAUCAACACUCUGGGUGUGGCCGUCAACCGCACCAUAAGCCAUCAUCUGGACAAUGUUGUGUUCUUCACUGGCACACGAAGCCACAAGAUAACCCACGGGAUGAUUGUGGUCACCCAUGGUGAUGAACGCCUCAUCUGGAACAUGUUCCAGACCAUCAAGUACAUUCUAGAACAUUACAUCACAGAGUACGACUGGUUCUACCUCGCCCAGGAUGACACGUACACGCAGGCGGAUCGUAUCAAGGCUCUGGUGGAACACUUGAGUAUGGACCGGGUGCUUUACAUGGGCAGCCCAGAAGAGUUCAUCGGAGGUGAGAUGCAGGGGAGGUAUUGCUAUGGGGGGUUUGGAUACCUGCUGUCCCGCAGUCUUCUGUUAAGACUCCAGCCCUUCCUGGAGAACUGCAGGAAUGACAUCCUCAGCGCCAGACAUGACGAGUGGCUUGGGCGAUGCAUCAUUGACUAUGCUGAUACGAAUUGCGUGGAAGAAUUUGAGGGGGAGAAGUAUUAUUAUUAUGAAAUGGGAAAAAAUUCUGACCCUAGUAAAGAAGAUAAUGUGCAGUUUAAUAAUGCACUGACCGUCCACCCAGUGUCUGAUCCUGAGCAGAUGUACAGACUUCACAAACACUUCACUGAGAUCGAGCUGCAGAAGACAUACGAGGAGAUCGAAAAACUGCAGGCGGAAAUAAGAAAUGUGAGUGUGGUGGCUUUUGAGGGCAACCGUAGUGCCUUGUGGCCAGUAGGAAUCAAUCCACCCUUUGAGCCCAAAACACGUUUCGAGGUUCUGCGGUGGGAUUACUUCACCGAAGAUCAGGUGUACUCCUGCACUGAUGGUUCUCCGAAGUGCGAGCUCCGUGGAAUCGAUAAACUGGACGUAGCCGACGUCAUUGAGACGGCUAUGGGUGAGCUGAACAAGAAGUACAAGCCGGUUCUGCACCUGAAGAAGCAGCAGCUUAUUAAUGGAUACAGGCGCUUUGACCCCACCAGAGGGAUGGAGUACACCCUGGACCUACAGCUGGAGGUGGUUAACCAGAAAGGACACAGUCGCUCUAUCACCAAGAGGGUCCACCUGGUUAGGCCUCUCAGUCGUAUUGAGAUCAUCCCCAUGCCUUAUGUUACAGAAGCAACUAGAGUCCACAUCAUCUUACCCGUCACUCUUCAAGACCGAGAGGAUGUUCAACAGUUUUUGGAAGUGUACGCCGCAAACGCCUUCGAAACCAGUGAGAAUGCCAUCUUGACGUUUCUCUUUAUUUACGAUCCAAUUGAGGCCCAACAAGUCAACCAGAAUGACAUCUUCGCCAGUGUCAAAGCCCAAAUCAAUGCUUGCGAGCACCGUUAUCCUACGGUCAAAAUCCCCUGGAUCAGUGUUAAAAGCGAAAGUCCCUCUCAAAUCAAAUUUAUGGACAUCAUCUCCAAGAAGCACCCGGUUGACACGUUGUUCUUCAUCGCCACCGUGAAAACCAGCAUCAACUCCGAGUUCCUCAAUCGCUGUCGGAUGAACUCCAUCAACAACUGGCAGGUGUUCUUUCCCAUCCAUUUCCAAUACUACAAUCCUGACAUUGCUUAUCAUUACCAGCCUCUUCCCAAUACAUUGGAUUUGGUCAAAGAGGCUGGCCACUUCGAUCGCAGUUCCUUCACCGAAGCAUGUUUUUACAACUCUGACUACAUGACGACCCGGACGCGCAUGUCUUCGGAUGUCCAGGAGAACGAGGAGAUCCUGGAGAACCUGGAUAUAUAUGAAAUGUUCGUCAAAUACUCUGGCCUCCAUGUUUUCCGAGCAGUGGAGCCGGCCCUGCAUCAGAAAUACAGCUACCAGCCAUGUAAUCCUCGUCUAAGUGAAGAUAUUUACCAGAGGUGUGUGCAGAGCACCCUCGACAGCCUUGGAUCACGCUCUCAGCUCGCCUUGCUGCUGUUUGAACAGGAACAAGGCAACAGUACUUAAAAUCUAACCUUGAAGAUUGAGAAAUGACUAAGGGGCGAUAAACAGUUUUCGUCCAUUGGGCUGAUGCUUUACUAGUAGGUGGUCUGUGGAGUCACGAUGCUGAAUACAUCAAAAAUGCUGUCGGUACCAGAAAAAGGACUAAAAACUAUUUAAACCAACUAAAAAAUAGCAGAUUUUUGUGACAACAGGGGGUUUAUUAUUUGCUAUCUAUUUAUGUUGGCUCUUAAACCAAGCAGCUGUUGAAAUGAUCACUACCGAACACAUCUAAAUCGUUGUGCCUUAAAAAAUAUGCUGUCCAUUCACUAUACUUUUGACUUGUCACUUUUGCUCAAGGAGAUUUGUUUAAAGGAGUUUUAAUUGUUUAUUUAACAUAACAGGGUUUUUGUAGUAUGAAGGAACCGUAUCCAGAUUCUGUGUUCUAGCAGUGGGUUUUUGUUGUUGAAACG